GCCCGCCCACUAACCUCAGAACCUCUUCCCGAUUUUGGCUCCUCCCCUAGAAAAGACUUGUUCCCUUUCCGUAUUGAAAAGCAAAGCCAAGCCAAGCCAAGCCCACGGGAGCUGCAGUAUAGCGUUGUGAAAGAGGGGCCCGUAACAAACAUGGCUGCCUUGACAGCUUCAGUUCCGUGGAAGGAAGAAGGCGGGGACGUGCGUAUACCUAUGGCUUCGCCCAUGCACGUUGCUAUUGGCUGGCUAGACUUCUCCUGAAGGCCACUUGAACAGCCAAGGAUGUCUCUGGAGGACCCGUUCUUCGUGGUGAAGGGAGAAGUUCAGAAAGCGGUGAAUACAGCCUGGGGCCUCUAUCAGCGCUGGCGCCAGCUUCUCCAGGAGACCCAAGUUGUGAACAAGGAGGAGCUUAACUGGACUACAAAUGAAUUACGCAACACCUUGCGCAGCAUUGAAUGGGACUUGGAGGAUUUGGAAGAAACCAUUUGCAUUGUAGAAUCAAACCCACACAAGUUUACAAUUACGCCAUCUGAGGUUGCAGCACGACGUUCUUUUGUCACAGAGAUGCGGGCGUCAGUUAAGGUAAUGCAGGAUCACAUGUCUGACCCAGCAGCACAGUCCUUUGUGGAGAGGAACAACAGAGAACUGGUGAAUGGCAGGGAAUGCUGUGGGCUGUUGAGUGCAGAGAAGGUGUCAGCAGCUGAUUCACACAUUUUGGAAGAGCAGCAGCUGCACCAGAAGUUGAUCAUUGAGGAGCAGGACGAGCAGUUGGAGCUGGUCUCUGGCAGCAUUUCUGUGCUGAAGCACAUGUCAGGGCGGGUUGGAGAGGAACUUGAUGAACAAACUAUAAUGCUAGAAGACUUUGCUCACGAGAUGGACAGCACUCAGAGUCGCCUAGAUGGGGUGCUCAAAAAGAUGGGCAGAAUCUCCCACAUGGCCAGAGAAAGACGUCAGUGGUGCAUCAUCUGCCUGUUGGUCAUCACUGGUGCGGUGGUGCUGAUCCUUCUUUUUGCUCUGAUCAACUGACAGAUGGACAUAGGGAAAAUGGAAAAGAUACCACCAAUCCCAUUCUUUUUGUGCGUAAAACCUGAAGCCACCAUGGCUUUGUGUUCUAUAUGGAGUGAGGGAUGGUGAAGAAAUAGGACAAGAAUGUUGGAUUUCUAACUGGGCUCUUUUCCCUUGUAUUCAUACUGUUGGCCCUAACUAUUAGAGGCUAGAGGUUUGUGACAAGGGAGGAUUCUGCAGGUUGGUACUUGUCAAGCCUUUGAGGUAGUCCAGACCAGGAAACCAAAAUAAUAAAUGCUACUACUACUGUUACUGUAAGGUUACAGCAA